AUGGCUCCUAUCCUGUUAGAACCCGCGAUUGUUGAUUCCCAGCCCAGUACCGCUCCAUUGAAGGCAGCAGUCAACGGUACUUCCAAUGGAGUUGAAUUCAUCCUAAAGGAACGUCCUUGGCGACUACUGCACCUCGUCGAUGCCCUCAACCCUCCCCCACCCGCCCAAAGAGAACAUCCGGAUAUCCAUAUCCAGCGACUACUCCAAUUAGCCUGGGUGACUACGAUCAGAGCAUUCUCCUGCUCGACAACCCUAUACGUUGAUCAAGACUACGUAAAGGGCCAAUGCUACAUAGGCGAAAAAGCUCAUUGCUCCUCGAAACCAACCGUCCAGAUCCACGUAGAUCCUCAUGACACCGUGAGAGAUCUCUUCCGCGAGAGCAUUGAAGCUCUAGGCCCAUUAUCCCAUGUCAAAGUUACGGAGAACGGUCACACCGGCCAGGCCGACGAGCAUUUCGGCUUCAAUGUGACAAUCGUCUACCAGAAGCAACCGGCGGAUCGCAUCCUGUCUGGUCUAGAUGCAUGCGUCGGCGAAUGUCAAGUCUGCUGUGGUAUACCGGCGAGACAGUCAACAGAGACUGACUCGAUAUUCGCCGGUCUCCGCCUUUCAAUCCGGCAUACCUCCGAUGAUAGGUUACACGCUCGAUUGGAUGUUGGGAACACUGGCAUCGGACUGCCAUUAGCUACAAGCCUAUUGAAAAGCUUCAACCAGGCUCUCUCAUCAAUUGAUGGUGCAUCCACACAAACCAUCGGCAGUCUCGAGUUAUGCUCCGCGCAAGAUCGUGAUCAGAUUGCCCAAUUCACUGGAAACAUCGCGCCUGCCCAUGAUUCCCUGCUUCAUGAUCUCUGUUUACGACACGUAAAGACAACCCCCGAUGCUCCCGCCGUUCGCUCCUGGGAUGGGGAUCUGACAUAUCGCCAACUCGAGGACUUGACUUCUAGAUUAGCCCAUUGGCUCGUGGGACAAGGCGUCGGACCAAAUAUCUAUGUGGCUUGUGGCUUCUACAAAUCCACCUGGGCUAUCGUGGCCCGACUGGCUAUCCUCAUGGCUGGUGGUGCGUACAUCUGCGUUGAUGGCAGUGAUCCACCACCAUAUCUUCAAUCUUCCCUCGAACGCACCCAGAUAAAGAUCAUGCUCACUUCCGCCGGCUACAAGGAGAAAUUUGCCGAUCGGGUUCAAACACUCUUCGAGGUCAGCGAGACAUCCGUGUCAAGCUUGCCAUUGGUAAAUUCGGUCCCUUGUUCAACCGUCAAACCUACAGACCCUUGCGUUGUGCUCUUCACAUCCGGCAGCACAGGAAAACCAAAGGGAAUCAUCCAGGAGCAUCGUAGCUAUGCAUCCGCAUUGACGGAUUACAUCCGAGUCAUGGAGAUGGGACCGCAUAGCCGGAUGUUCCAAUUCGAUUCGUACACCUUCGACAUCAGCAACAACGACUUCCUAGCGCCUCUCAUCGCUGGUGGCUGCUGCUGCGUCCCCACCAGAUCUCUAACAAUGGACGCGCUGAUGAACGACAUGAACGAUCUGGAGGGUAACAUAAUGUUCAUCACACCCUCCGUCGCCAUCGACAUGGAACCCGAGCGCGUCCCAACGCUGAAGAUGAUGUGUAUCGGCGGCGAGCCAGUCUCCGAUGCGGUCCUGACAAAAUGGCUCAAUCGCGUGCAGGUGGUAAACCAAUACGGCAUGGGCGAGAUAGCUUCUCUCUGCGCAUACAACCGUAAUCUCCAGAUGGGCCAUGGGUCAGUAGUCGGUCGUCCUGCUACCGGUGCAAUCUGGAUCGUGAAUCCCGAUAACCCCGACCAACUGAUGCCCGUCGGAGCCGUGGGCGAACUCCUCAUCGAAGGACCCCAUCUCUCCAAGGGAUAUCUCGACCACGUCUCUGGAAAAUCGGAGAACUUUCUCACAUCGCCACCAGUCUGGAUGAGCCAACUGCACACUGAGAGACCAAAACACCGCUUCUAUCGCUCCGGCGAUCUAGGCCGGUACAACCACGAUGGAACGAUCGAGCUGAUGGGCCGAAAGGAUAGCAUGCUCAAGCUCGAUGGAGCGCGCGUCGAGGCAGGCCAGGUGGAGUACGUUCUCCGGCGCAACCUGACGACCGGCGAUGCUGUCGUCGUGGACGUUCUAGGCGUUAUCGACGGCGAAAGCGAUCCAAUUCUUGCCGUUUAUAUACACUUGGCAAAUAACCCCAUGAACACGGAGAAGGGUCCGGUCGAAGAGAUGGAGUUCCGUCCUAUCAGCGACAGACAUGCUGUGUAUGCGCUCACACAGUCGCUGAGUGAGGCGGUUCGUCAGAGUUUGCCCAGGUACUAUGUUCCUGGGCUGUAUAUCCUUAUUGAUAGAGUGCCGCGCACCAAGUCUAAAAAGACAGAUCGACGGAAGCUUCAUAUGUUGGGUCAGGCUUAUUACAUGGAGCAUCGGGAUCAGCUGGAGGAUAUUACUGUCUGGUUUGAUUGGACUAAGAUAUAA